AUGGGUUUGAUGGGCUUGAAAGAAGGAAGGCCGGAGACCAACAUGGUCCCGACCUUCCUGGGCAUGCGCGGCAUCAAGCUCAACUGGGCCAUCGGCUUUGCCGCUUCAGCCGGUUUCCUUCUCUUCGGUUACGACCAGGGUGUGCUGGGUUCGCUCUACACGCUUCCGUCGUGGAACGCUCAGUUCCCCGAGAUUAACACGGCGGCCGUCGGCGAGAGCGCCACCUCGACCGCUGCUGUGCUCCAGGGUCUCGUGACCGGUGUUUACGAGCUCGGCUGCUUUGCCGGCGCCAUCUCGAUGCUUUACCUUGGUAACCUGCUCGGCCGAAGGGCCAACAUUUGGAUCGGAUCCAUCAUCAUGGCCAUCGGCACUGUUGGCUGCACUGCUUCGUACAGCCUUGCUCAGCUUUUCGUCUUCCGUGUCAUUCUCGGCAUCGGCAACGGUAUGCACACUGCCACGAUCCCCGUGUGGCAGAGUGAGUGCUCGCCUCCCCAUAAGCGAGGCAUGCUGAUUAUGGUCGAAGGUGCCAUGAUCACCGGUGGUAUCGCCAUGGCCUACUGGAUCGACUUUGGCUGCUUCUUCCUCGACCCCAGCUCGGCCGCGUGGCGCCUGCCCAUCGCGCUCCAGCUCAUCCUCAUCUUCCCCACCUUUGUCACCAUCUUCCUGCCCGAGUCGCCCCGUUGGCUCAUGCUCAAGGGCCGCGAGGACGAUGCGCGCUACGUCGUGGCUGCCCUCGACGAUGUUCCCAUCGAUGACCCCAUCGUCUCGAAGAAGCUGCACGAAAUCUCGGCCUCGCUCGUCGCCGCUAAGACGACCAAGAUCUCAGACCUCUUCACCAACGGCCCCGAGCGCAACUUCCACCGCACCGUCCUUGGCUUCAUGUCGCAGAUGUUCCAGCAGAUCUCCGGUAUCAACCUCAUCACAUACUACAUCGGAAAGACGCUCCAGGAGCAGCUUGGCUUCUCGGACCUCAACUCGCGCAUCCUCGCAGCCGCCAACGGUACCGAGUACUUUAUCGCCUCGUGGGCCGCCGUCUUCUUUAUCGAAAAGAUGGGCCGUCGCCCACUCAUGCUCGGUGGUGCCGCCGGUCAGUGUAUCUGCAUGAUCGUCCUCGCCAUCAUGGAUGUUCCCAGCGUCAAGUACUUCUCGACAAACGGUGUUCCGGACCCUGAUCGCAGCAGGACCGCCCCUGGUGUCGUCUCGGUCGUGUUCUUCUUCCUCUUCAACACGUCUUUCGCCUGGGGAUGGCUCGGCAUGACGUGGCUCUACCCCGCCGAGAUCACCCCGCUCGCGAUCCGCGCGCAGGCCAACGGUAUCUCUACUUCAGCGAACUGGUUGUUCAACUUUAUGGUGGUCAUGGUGACGCCCGUAAUGUUCGACACUAUUUUUUAUAAAACGUACGUCACCUUCGCUGUCCUCAACUUCGUCAUUCUCGUCGUUACGUACUUCAUCUUCCCCGAAACCGCCGGCCGAUCGCUCGAGGAGAUGUCGACGAUCUUUGCGCACUCGAGCAAGAUCAACCCGUACGAUGUGGUGCGCAAGGAGAAGGUCACGCCCCGCCGCUACGACAAGCAGGGCAACCUCAUCAACGACGACCUCGACAUUGUGGGCGACUAUGGCUCGAACGAUGUGGAGAAGGGUGCCAAGACGGGCGACCACACCAACCUGCAGACCGAGGACGCUACGGCCACGCCCACUUCCGAGGGCAACACAUCGGGCGAGCACAGCCGCUGA